UGUUAUGUCGCAUCAGCAACGCCGAUUUGUUUGUGCAUUCCGCACCGCACAGCGAUAUCUGUGCGUCUACAAGGAGUGACUUCGGAUCAGGCCCUAGCUCUAGAACUUCUCCUGGUCCAUGGACAGUGUAAACUGUUUUACGUGCGGCCAAAAACCGACCAAAUUCUACAGCAUAGCAAAUGUUGCUGAUGCAGAAUCGAAGCUGAACAUCAGCCUCGUCAUGUGCCAACACUUCUGGUUCCAGGAAGCGGACCUACGAGAUGCGAUCAUCUGUGAGUCCUGCUGGGAAAGUGUGGACCAAUUCCAUCAUUUCUACCAAGACGUGAAAAGGCUUCACGAGCAACGACUGGAGUCGAUUUUGAUCAAAGAGGAAACCAAUGGAAUCGAAGAGCCAGAGGAGAACUGCCAGGAUGCCGAGGACACUUCGUUUGAGAUGAUAGAAUGCAAGCCUGAAAUAGAAGCCAACGCAAGUGGAAGUCCAAAACUUCGAAAAGGACGUAAAGCCGCAAAAAGAGGACCGCCUGUGGAAAAUUCCGAAGAAGUAAAGUCCGUCGGGAAACGGGUGAUAGUUCCACCGGAACAACGGAAAGUGGAGGAUGAUUUCAUCAAACAGCACAAGACUUACAUCUGUGAGGAAUGCUUCGAGCGAUUUGAUGAUUUCCUUACCAUCCGGAAGCAUAAGAUCGAUAUUCACGACAAGCCGUUCAUCACGUGUUGUAACAAACAGUUUAGGACCCGAGCCUUCCUCUACCAGCAUGUGCAGGUGGUGCUCAAUCCCGAACUGUUCAAAUGUGAUGUUUGCGAUAGAAAGUUCAAAUCUCAGAUCACCUACGAUCGGCACAAAGAGAACCACCAUCCGGACGAACACCAGUCGGUAUUCAGGUGCCAACGGUGUCCGAAAAGCUUUGCCCAGCAAAAGAUCCUGGAUAUCCACAUGGCAGAACACGAAACGCUGGAUAACGAGGACGCUAAAUGUGAAACCUGCGACAAGUGCUUCCGAUCUCAAGCCGGGCUGAAGGCGCACAUAGACACGGUUCAUCAGCGGAGAAUCAACUACGUUUGUGAGUAUUGUUCGAAAGGGUUCAACAGAAAAACGGAUUUCACCGAUCAUCGCAAAAGGCACGAGCUCACGGCGGACCAAAUGAAGAAGCAGUGUCCCGUCUGUAACAAACUGGUCAAAAACACCAAGUACUGGAAGCGCCACAUGGACCGCCAUCGAACGGAAGGAUCGCACAAGUGUGACCACUGUGGUCACGUUUCGAACAAUUUGCUCUCGCUGAAGGAACACAUGGAAAAGCGGCACGGCUCGAAGGGCAAGCGAUACUCGUGCGAUCAGUGUGGCAAGGAGUUUGCGCGGUUGGUGCCGUUGAAGGAACACAUUUCCACGGCCCACACGGGGGAACCCCUGUACCAGUGUCCGUACUGCGAGCGGAAGUUCUUCUCCAAUGUGACGAUGUACGUGCACAAGAAGAAGGAUCAUCUACCGGAGUGGCUGGAGGAUCGUAAGGCGAAGUAUGCCGGUGCGCAACCCAGUGGGUGUUGACUUUAGUUUAGGUAAGAUUAGAAUUAAGUGUCCUGACUACUUGAACCCUGGCAUCUGUGCUAAGGGGUAUCUGUCAGCGGAUCAAUCUUUAAUAAAUUGUAAAAUAUAAGUAAAUGCAGCAACUUCAUGCAUUUUAUUCAUUGAGACAUCCUUUCCAACU